AUGCCCGAGGAUGUUACUGAAUAUUUCUCCUCUACAAAGAAGUCACACCAUCGUAACAGUGAGUAUGAGGCCCUAGACACUUCAUCGUAUCAGAAAUCUGCUUACAGCCGACAAAAGCACGAAACCAAUGUGCGAACAAUUCCUGUGGGGAGCAGUAGCGCUGUGUCAACGCAUAUUUGUGAGGAUGAGAUGGGGUUUGAAGAUACUGAAUCACAAGAAAAUGAAACGGAGGAGGAAGAGGAGGAUCCAUUCAAGGAUGAGCCCUUUUUCAAGAGAAUCUAUCACAAAUAUUUGAUAGUCGAUAAAUCCAUUGCCGAUGUUUCCAUCUUAGAUUCGUUCAUGUACAAUAGCGAUCUAAGGCCUGUGGAGGAAAGAAGAAGAGCUUGGUCUUGGUUCAACUACUGUUAUUUUUGGCUUGCUGAGUGUUUCAAUAUCAAUACAUGGCAGAUUGCCGCCACAGGUCUACAAUUGGGGCUGAACUGGUGGCAAUGUUGGAUCACCAUUUGGAUAGGAUACACGUUCGUCGGUAUAUUUGUAUGUCUAGCAUCCAGAGCCGGCUCAUCUUACCACAUCUCAUUUCCUAUAACGACUAGAGCCUCGUUUGGGAUUUUCUUCUCAUUGUGGCCCAUCAUCAACAGAAUUGUCAUGGCUAUUGUCUGGUACGCAGUCCAGUCGUGGUUGGGUGUGGAACCGGUAUCUUUGAUGCUGCGUUCAAUAUUCGGUAACGAUCUACCAGAUAGGAUACCAAACCAUUUUGGUUCUCCAAACUCCACUACAUACCAAUUCAUGUGCUUCAUGAUUUUUUGGGCAUGCGAAUUACCAUUUCUGUGGGUCCCUCCGCACAAAGUGAGACAUUUGUUCACCGUCAAGGCCGUCUUGGUUCCAUUUGGUGCGUUCGGCUUUCUAAUCUGGUCAAUAAAAAAAGCACAUAAUAAAAUUGCAUUGGGUAGUUUGACCGAUACUCAGCUGACGGGUACAGCAUUUUCAUGGGCAUUCUUGAGAAGUUUGAUGGGUUGUAUGGCCAAUUUUUCCACGUUGACCCUAAAUGCACCUGAUUUUUCGAGGUUUGCCAAGACAAAGAAUGCAGCUCUCUAUUCGCAGCUGAUUUGUAUCCCAUUUUUAUUUUCGAUUACUUGUUUGAUUGGUAUCUUGGUCACCGCUGCAGGGUAUGAAAUGUACGGUAUCAACUAUUGGUCACCUGUGGAAGUCUUAGAACAAUAUUUGAUAAGAAGUUACACUAAGGGCACAAGAGCUGGCGUAUUUUUGAUAUCGUUUGUUUUCGCUGUAGCACAGUUGGGGGCCAACAUUUCUGCGAACUCGUUAUCCUGCGGUACUGACUUGACUGCCAUUUUACCGAAAUUUUUGAAUAUCAGACGUGGUUCCAUCUUUUGUGCGUGUAUGGCGCUGUGCAUUUGUCCAUGGAAUAUGAUGUCAACAUCUUCAAAGUUUACAAUGGCACUGUCAGCGUACGCCAUUUUCUUGUCCAGUAUUGCGGGGGUCAUAUGUUCCGAUUACUUUGUUGUCAGAAGAGGGUAUUUGAAAUUAACCCAUCUGUACUCGAACAGAAAGGGUUCGUUUUACAUGUACGGUAACAAAUACGGUAUUAACUGGAGGGCGUUAGUAGCAUACUUAUGUGGUGUUGCCCCAAAUCUGCCCGGGUUCAUUGGUGAUGUCGGUGCCCCCAAAAUCACAGUCUCCAUUGGUGCAAUGAGAGUUUACUACCUCAGUUACUGGGUAGGGUAUGCUAUCAGUUUUCUUGCGUAUACCAUUCUUUGUUACUUAUUCCCCGUACCAGGCCAACCAGUGAAGAAUAUCUUGAAGGAUAAGGGCUGGUUUCAGAUAUGGGCCGAUGUGGAGAAUUUUGAAGAGGAGUGGCUCGAAACUCUGGAAAAGGAGGACCUCUAUGACGACGUUGUCAGCGUUGAUGUGCACGACAGCGAUGAAAAGAAGUACUUUUAUUAA